GAGAGGGACGGGCCUCUCUCUGAGUGAAAAAAAAAAGAGGGAGAGAGACUGGGUAAAAUAAAUAUGAGACGAAAGUAAAUGUUGGGAAUGGGAACGAUGGACAAAAAAAGGUGAGGUAGGACAAAAUCUGAUUAGAAUCAGAUCAGAGAGAGUGAAUCAGACAGGGCUGAAGGGGUGGUCUGGGGUUUGUGGUUUUGGACAGAUGAUAUGUGCGAGCGAGAGGACUUGUUUGUGUGAGAGUGUAUGUGCUACCAUGGGAACCGGCUAACGACAGAUUAUUUUCGCUUUGGGAACGUGUGUAAAGACUACAGGCAUCUGGAGCUGGCCUGUGACACUCAGGACGAGGUGGACAGCUGGAAGGCCUCUCUGCUGCGUGCUGGGGUUUACCCAGAGAAAACCACAGUGGAUGGAGAGGGUCCAGCUCAGGCGGACAACUUCUCCAUGGACCCUCAGCUUGAGUGUCAGGUCAAGACCAUCCGCAACCUGGUUGACUCAUACAUGAGCAUCGUCUACAAAGGCAUCCACGACCUGAUACCCAAGACCAUCAUGCACCUUGUCAUCAACAACGUAGAGGAGUUUAUCCACUCCGAGUUGCUGGCUCAGUUGUACUCCUCCGGAGAUCAGCGCUCUCUGAUGGAUGAGUCUCCUGAACAGGCCCGGCGAAGAGAGGAGGUGCUGCGUACUCACACUGCCCUGAAGCAGGCUCUAAACAUCAUCACUGACAUUUCCACCUCUACCAUCUCCACCCCGUUGCCACCCCCAGUAGAUAACUCCUGGCUCCAUAGUGGCUCUCUUCACCGAAGGUCUCCUCCAGGUUAUAUCGUCCAUAAAAAGCAUCCUGCUCGGCCUGCUCUUUCUCUACCAAUUUGCUUGGAAGCUCCUGCCCCUCCGGUCUCCAACAGCAUAGACACCACCAAAACUACCAGCCGCCCCAAACGAGUCCCUCCUAAUGUUCCCAGGAGACCCACUCAACAGCCACGCUGAGACACAAAUGCCCACCUGUGAGAAAAAGUGCCAACGACAAGAUCUGCUUGAAUUGUCAUUAAGAAGACGGCAAAGAUUCACAUCUUAGACACAGUGGAAAACAGACUUGGAGAUAGCAAAACUGAUCUCCAGAUGGUCUUUUUGCUCAGCGAUUCUGCCUUCAGUGGUGAGAUUGAGCAUUGUGCUGAGGUUUGUUCCUGUUUUGUAUAUAUGUUGAUGUUUGCAAUGCGAGUGAGUUUCUUUUAGCUCUUUAUCACAUUUAAAUAAAAAGCAUUUUGGGAUUUUGUAAAUACUGUGUAUUUAAGAAGUCCAACAUUUUCCUGUGGUUAUUGGUGUUAACUAAAGCAAGCAUAACUGUUAUAAUUGCUCAUGUCAAGUAUUUAACCCGUCAGCAUGUGAUU